UAACCACCGCUUGCUCUGUCACGAUUUGUAGUGAAAGAGUCCUUGUCGAAAUAGGCCUCUUUGUAGACGCUUGCCAGCGAACAAGGACCGACACCUAACAGCGGUAACAGAUGCAAAGCACAGCAGAAUAUACUUUGCUCUGCUCUGCAAAAUUGUCUCUCUUUUAGACUCUUCCUCACCAAAAUCAGCUCUGAUCGUCCCAUCUCUCUCUCUCCCUCUCCCUCUCCCUCUCUCUCUCUCUCUCUCACACACACACACAAAGCUUUUCAUGGAGAUUUUUCUCGAAUUGCUCUUGACCAUUGCUCUUUCUCUUUUGCUCUCCAUAGUCCUCGCGCUGCUCCUCUCAUUAGCUUCUGCUGGUGAAAUAAAACGUGCCUCUACGGUGAGAUCACGCAGGGAUUCGACCGGUAAAUCGGUCACGCCCCAGCCUAAACUCGAGGUGGAACCGAAAAGUCGCGGUUGCGAAAGUGAGAGAAAAAUCGGCUUCGUUGAAAAAGCUGAUGAAUAUAAAACCGAACCGGUUCGAGGAUUUGUGAGCGAGGGCUGUGAGUCACCGACGAAGGACGUUGGGGGUGCUAACGUCGUUGAGUUGGGAGAGAAACCCAUCGGAGAGAUAUCUGUGGAGAACUUGGUUGAUGGAAGUCGUAAGAGGGAAAAGCUAUGCGGGAUUGAUUUUGACGAGGAUGGAGAUGUUGGUGUCAGGGAUAGACUGCUUGAUUUGGACGAUGAUUGGGAGGGGGUCGAGAGGACCGAAUUGGAAAAGGUCUUCGGCGCCGCGGUGGCGUUUGUGGGCGCUAGUUAUAAUGCUGAUCGAGUUUCGAGUCUUGGCAGUGAUGUGAAGAUGCGGUUGUAUGGGCUUCACAAGAUUGCCACCCAAGGGCCUUGCCAUGAACCUCAACCAAUGCCAUUCAAGCUCUCUGCUCGCGCCAAGUGGAAUGCUUGGCAACGGCUUGGUAAUAUGACUUCGGAGGUGGCAAUGGAGCAGUACAUCACCCUUCUCUCAAGAAGAAUUCCUGAGUUGAUGGGAGAUAAUAAACAGGUUUCUGAAGAACUCGAAGCGUUUAGGAAACUAGCUUCUAAUUUAAAGGCAUCGCCACCAAACCAACCAGGUGCUGUAGAUGAAAGGAAAAUGGAGACUAAACCUCGUGUUGAGGGAUUGGAUGUGACUGGAUUUCGUGUCCAAACUCCUUGAUUAUGGACAAAGACCAGAGGGGCAUCUCCUAAAUCCUCACAGCAAGGAUGUGGAUAUCGCUUCGAGGAUUGGAGACAUCAGACUGUUUAUAACCUAGUAGAUAUUGCAAUGUUCUCUGUGAAUAAAGAACUGAAAAUGAAUCUGUGGGAUAACAUAUCUCUAAUUCCCACACGUGGCCUGGUUCCCAUGGUUUACCAGUAGAAGUAUAUAAUUUUAGGCCUAGGAAUUUCCUUGGUAGACUCUUUUUUUUUUUUUUGGUUCCUCUUUGAUUACGAGGAAAAAGGGAAAUCAGCAAUGUUUCAACUUCCUCCAUGAAAAUAGGAAACUCAUUGAGUAUUGUACAGUUAGCUGAGCCAAUGGCAUACCCAUUGAGUUGUGAAUUGUU